UCUCUCUCCAGUUCCAACAUGACUACCAAGUUCUUCAGUUUCAUUUUGUUGCUGCUUUUGAUCAACUCUACAUUCAUUGCAGUAUGUGCUCGGCCCUUGAAUAUCAUGAAGUAUAGAAGCUCUGGUUUUGGAGCAACUGAAGGUUUCUUUGACGGGUUAUCACUUGGAGCCAUCAAGCAAUCGGGACCUAGUCCCGGUGAGGGGCACAAGUUUACGAACAAACAAACUCUCGGAGGGAUUAAAAACUCGGGUCCAAGUCCUGGUACAGGAAACGCAUUUACAAAUGUUGAGACUCUAGGAGUGAUUAAGGACUCUGGCCCAAGCCCUGGGACUGGAAACAAAUUCACGAAUGUUGAGACUCUUGGUGGAAUUAAGGACUCAGGUCCAAGCCCUGGUACGGGAAACAAAUUCACAAAUGUUGAGACUCUUGGUGGAAUUAAGAACUCGGGUCCAAGCCCUGGUACAGGAAACAAAUUCACAAAUGUUGAGACUCUCGGAGGGAUUAAGGACUCUGGCCCAAGCCCUGGUACAGGAAACAAAUUCACAAAUGUUGGGACUCUUGGCGGAAUUAAGGACUCGGGCCCAAGCCCUGGUACUGGAAACAAAUUUACAGACAACACCCAUCAAUAAGCAUGAGUGAUCAUAAAAAUAGAAACUAGGAAUAUUCUCUACUUAUUUUCUCAUUUAUAUUUUUUGGUUGAUUAAUAUGUAUCUUAAAGAUAAGACCAUUCAUAUUAUUUUCAUUUCAUUUAUUUGUCUCCAAUUUUCAUUACCAUGUAAAGAAUCUCCAAGUGUGCAUUGUCGAAUAUUAUAAUUUAAUAUAAAUAAGAGUAAUGAUUUUCGCA